AUGCUUCUCAUUGCUAUUCUCCGCCUCACCGCCAUUGCCGCCGCUACCUUCUACGUGCUCUACCACACCCAUCGCCCUGCAUUCUCCGUCACCUCCCUAAAAAUCUCCCAGUUCAACCUCACCACCACAACCUCAGACGGCACAACCCGCUUAACAACUAAACCUUACUCUACCCGCCAAAAACCCCCAACAAAAAGACAGGGACAAAUCGAAUUCAUUGAAGUCAGAUCUGAAGAAGAGAAAUUGGAUCCCAUUACAGAUCGUGAUGGACACGAUGAUAGGGGUGAAAAUAGAAAAGUUGAAAACGGAAAUGGGUGUAGAAGGGGAAGGGGUGGGGGUGGGGGUGGGGAUGGGGGAAGAAUGCCUCCUUCAUUGGGACAGCGACAGAGGUUCGAAACUUCCGAUCUGACGACGGUGACUGUCAGAUAUGUGGGAGUGGGAAAUGUGUGA